AUGGCGUUCGAGCGCAAGGGCGCCCUGGGCCAGACGGUGAUCAUGGGCGUCAUCUUCCUGCUCGUGUUCAUCGCCUACUACAUGCUCCAGGGCUACGCGUCGAUCCUCUUCGGCGCGGACCUCGCGAGCGACGCGCUCGUGACGCUCUACGCCGUCUUCACGGCGGGCUGCUUCUUCGCGCCGGGCGUCGUGAACCGGUUCGGCGGCAAGCGGUCGCUCGCCGGCGGCGUCGUCGGCUACGCGUGCUUCUCGGCCGCGGCGUUCGCGUACGCGGCGCUCGGCGAGCCGCGGUGGACGCGGGCGCUCGUCGUCGGCGGCGGCGCGCUCAACGGCGCGGGCGCCGCCGUGCUCUGGACGGCCCAGGGCCGCAUCCUCCUCGACGCGGCGGCGCGCGACGCGCGCCACGACGUCGGCGAACUCUUCGCGGUCUUCUGGUGCCUCUUCAACACGUCGGCGGUGCUGGGCGGCUUCGUGACCUUCGGCUACUUCUCGACGCAGACGUCGAGCGGCAACGCGCCGCUCUACCUCGGCUUCACGGUGCUGAUCGCGGCGGGCGGCGCGGCGUGCUUUUUGCUCGAGGACGACGCGGUCCCGGCGGCGCGGGCCGACGGCCCCAUGAUCGAUCGCGCGGCGCCCGGCGCGCUCGCGGAGCUCGCCUCGACGAUGCGCCUCUUCGGCACGAAGCGGGCCCUGUGCCUCGCGCUGCUCUUCUGGUACACGGGCUACAACCAGCCCUACCAGCUCAACGGCUUCGGCGACCGCUUCUUCCGGAAGCGCGUCGUCGGCCUGCAGCUGGCGUCGUUCUACUUCAUGGAGGUCGUCGGCGGCUUCGUCGCCGGCCGGGCGCUCGACGACAAGAGCCGGUCCCACCGGCGGAGCGCCGUGGUCGUGCUCUGCCAGUUCGUCGCCGUCACGGCCGUCGGGUUCGGCGUCGCGGGCUACUUGGAGAAGACCGAGGGCCCGGACCCGGCCAAGGUCGGCUUCGAGGGGCUCGACUGGGCCCUCCCGACGCUGGCCUUCGCCGCCUGGGGGUUCUCCGACUCCCAGGUCCAGACCUACACCUACUGGCUCAUCGGCGCGCUGUACCCGGACGACGCCGAGGACCGGUGCCGCAUGGUCGGCUUCUUCAAGCUCACGCAGUCCCUGGGCUGGUGCGUCGGCUUCGCCUUCCUCCCGGCGAAGCGCUGCGCCUACUUCACGCAGCUCGUGCUCACGGGCGCCUGCUUCGUCGCGGGCACGGCGCUCGCGUGCCUCGAGCUGCCCCGCGACGCGAAGCUCGUCGCCGCGGACGCGCCCUUGCUCGCCAACGAGGCCCCGGGCAGCCUCCAGUGA